CCGAUCCACUUCACCUCCGAAGCUCAAUUAAUUCUCACAAGCACCCAGAAAAGAAAACAUCACAUACUUUCGAUAACAGGGUUUUGUCUUUUCUCUACCAGACAGAGAGAGCCGAAAGAGAGCAUCUGAUCAGAGCGUGACAAUGGCGGAAGAACACUUGAAAGUACUCAGCGCCCUUGAUGUGGCCAAGACCCAAUGGUACCAUUUCACUGCAAUAAUCAUCGCCGGAAUGGGCUUUUUCACUGAUGCCUACGAUCUCUUCUGUAUAUCUCUCGUCACGAAAAUGCUCGGCCGGAUUUACUACCAUGUCGAUGGCUCCCCUAAACCCGGCAGCCUGCCGCCCCACGUUUCCGCCGCCGUCAACGGCGUUGCGCUCUGUGGGACACUCGCGGGCCAGCUCUUCUUUGGCUGGCUCGGCGACAAGAUGGGCCGGAAGAAGGUUUACGGUGUAACUCUUAUGCUGAUGUGUUUUUGCUCCAUUGCGUCAGGGCUUUCGUUGGGGAGGGACGCUAAAUCCGUCAUGGCGACUCUCUGCUUCUUCAGAUUCUGGCUUGGCUUCGGCAUUGGAGGUGACUACCCGCUCUCCGCCACCAUCAUGUCGGAGUACGCUAAUAAGAAGACUCGUGGGGCGUUUAUCGCUGCGGUGUUUGCGAUGCAGGGGUUCGGGAUUUUGGCUGGUGGGAUUUUUGCUAUGAUUAUGUCUGCUGCUUUUCAGGCAAUGUUCAAGGCGCCGGCGUAUGAGAUUGAUCCCAUUGCCUCGACUGUGCCGGAGGCUGAUUACCUCUGGAGGAUUAUUUUGAUGGUUGGUGCUGUCCCAGCUUUGCUUACUUUCUACUGGCGGCUGAAGAUGCCGGAAACCGCCCGUUACACAGCCCUGGUGGCCAAGAAUGCGAAACAGGCGGCUGCAGAUAUGUCGAAGGUCCUGCAGGUGGAUAUCGAAGCAGAGCAGCAGAAAGUGGAGCAGAUUGCGCAAAAGCAAAAGGGCUACGGGCUAUUCUCCACAGUAUUCCUUCGUCGCCACGGAUUGCAUUUGCUUGGAACGACGAGCACAUGGUUCUUGCUCGACAUAGCAUAUUACAGCCAGAAUUUGUUCCAAAAAGACAUCUUCAGUGCAAUUGGAUGGAUACCUGAAGCAAAAACCAUGAGUGCAAUUCAAGAAGUGUUCACAAUAGCAAGAGCACAAACUCUGAUCGCCCUCUGCAGCACUGUCCCUGGCUACUGGUUCACUGUGGCCCUCAUCGAUGUCUUGGGAAGAUUUGCCAUUCAACUGAUAGGAUUCUUCUUCAUGACAGUUUUCAUGUUUGCCCUAGCCUUUCCUUACGAUCACUGGACUAAACCAGACAACCGAAUCGGGUUCGUGGUUAUGUACUCACUGACGUUCUUCUUUGCUAAUUUUGGGCCGAAUGCCACCACAUUCGUUGUGCCAGCCGAGAUUUUCCCUGCAAGGCUUCGCUCAACCUGCCAUGGCAUAUCAGCAGCGGCUGGGAAGUUGGGAGCCAUCAUUGGGGCUUUCGGGUUCUUGUACCUGGCACAGAACCAAGACAAGAAGAAGGCCGAUGCCGGUUACCCCGCCGGAAUUGGGGUCAAGAAUUCACUCAUUGUAUUGGGGGUUGUCAAUCUUUUAGGCUUAUUGUUCACUUUCUUGGUUCCUGAAGCAAAGGGAAAGUCUUUGGAGGAUCUGUCAGGAGAAAAUGAGGAAAAUAGAGAUGGAGAUUAGCGUUUUACAUUUUUUUUUUUCUUUUGUAGCGAGGUAGGCUGUUAUAUUACCUGCAAAAUCCACUUGAUCAUGAGAAUUGCAAUGUUAAAUUUUCAGUUUCAAGAA